AUGGUGCUCAGGAUGGCAUUUGCUGGGACAAAUGUCAGUUUGUCCCAGCCGGAUAUAAUGCAAAAACUGACGGAGCGCAUAGAUGAUCUGAAGCAGGGAAUCUCUGCUUGGGGAAAGCGGAUUCGGCGAUAUACCGAGAGGUCGAGUCGGUUCAACCGGAAUCGUCUCUUUCAGAGUGAUCAGAAGAGGCUCUAUGAAUUAUUGGAGCGACCAAUGGCAAGUGUAACGGGCCCUGCACCGAAUCAGGCCGACACUGUAACAUUCUGGCGCGGUCUGUGGUCAGAGCCCGUAAACCACAGCGAGGGCUCUUGGACGGAAGUUGUGGCGAGUCAGUGUGCGAGUAUAACGCCCAUCGACCCCGUCAUUAUAACGCCGGAUGACGUAGCUGAGGCGGUCCGUAGGGCCCCGAACUGGAAAAGUCCGUGA